UCAAGUAUACAAUGACAGUAUAGUGCAAGUAGUAGUAUUGCAAUCGAAGGCAAUGGUAAGGAUUGCUAGCCUUGUGCAAGUACUCUAUUGAUAGCUGCCAGUUUCGAGAAUAAGUACAAGACCGCGCUUGCGAUCAUGAAUAUACAGGGUGGUGUGGAAGCACCUAGUCAUGUCUCAGACGAUAUUGCGAUCAGUGCGGACAUACUUACAUCCACACCAGCUCAAAUAUCAUCUUUUUCGGCACAUCAAUGUGAAAAGCGUGUAGCUAAAGACGGCUCUACUACAACUUCACAAACAGCAGAACAAGCUGACCCCGUGGAGUGCACGCAGCCUGCACAGGCUAGGGGUGUGAGACAAUUCUCAUUUGCGCAGAUCCAAAGGAAUAGGGAAGGGACACCCUCAAUGGAGGCUAGUGGUGGUUCUCACUCUAUAUCAAAAACAGAUACACAUAGUCACGUGGCAUAUACGAGCCUGGGGGGGACUGAUCAUGGAUCGAGCGACACAACUAGCACCAGCACCAGUAAGCAAGCCGUUGACGAGCAGUCGUCGAAAGUGACAAAGAAGAAGAAGAAGAAAAAAAAGAGGAAUUCAGAUACUUUAGAUAUAAUGGCGCUGAUGGGUGGUGGUCUAUCUAACAAGAAAUCAAAAUCAGCUGCGCUUGUCAUCAGCUCAAGUGAAGACGAUGAAAACACAACAUCCACCAAAAAACCAUUGUAUAAAAAACAUAAGAUACACAAGCAAUCUCCAAUUUUGGAGUCAUCACUAGCGUCCAAAAAGCGAAAGGUGGAUAUAGACCUGUCUUCAGAUGAUGAGAGGGACGAAGAUGCAGUAGAUAUGGAGCGUAAGAAAGCUGCAGAAAGGAGGCAACGAAAGGAACAAGAUAGGAUCAGUUCAAUGAAAGCUCUGACUGCGGCCUCGGCAGUGCCAAGCGCAACAUAUGCACCCACUCAGGACAAAGAUAUACAACGAAUAAACCUAAGAAGCAACAUUCUAAAACACCAGCUACAGUCUGUAGAGGAUAAUGACGACGAAUGCGAAGACGACAUCACAUUGCAUCUCAGAGAUGUGAACGGGAUCAUCACUGAAAUACUCACUCAGCGUGUGGACACAUUCGAGGGGACAUACGAAGUUUUUAAUGAGUACUACGCUCAACAGGGCCAGACACAGAUUGUAUUUUGGAGACUUCAACAUAUGGAGCCAGUGGAUCGGUUUCUCGUGCCGGGAGCUGGUGGCAACAUCAUAUACUCAUCAGAUACGCCACACAAACUCAAACUUGGUAGUGGGCCACAAUAUACAAUUGACUGGAGAGAGCACCCGAUUGACGUUGCAGACGCACUGCUCCGAACGAAA